AUGAACAAUUUCAAAAUAACCAAUUUAAAGUUUCCAGGAAACGAUAACGAUGCCGUGAACAAGAAAUAUUUACUGGAUCAAAUAAACGCAAUUCAAAUAGAUAAGGACCAUGUUGAAAAUAGAAUAAAUGACGUGAAAAGAUACCUCAGACGAAAUAUUAAAAAUCUUGUGGACGAACCCAAACUACAACAAGAGUUAACGAGUUUGAAACGUCUUAUUCAAGUGGAUAAAACAAGUCAGUUGCAAAAUUUAAUAUCUAAAUUAGACGAUGAGAUUACGAAGGUAAAAAUAGACGUCCAACGUUUAAUAGACAACCCAAAUGUAAACGAGGAUAGAUUGAAACGAAAACUAACCGCUUUGGAAAGAAAACUUGGCGAAAUGCUAGCAGAACUAGACAAGACCGCGGACAAAACCGAGUUACAAAAUUCGAUAUCCAAUUUGAACGAAAAGAUCGCGAAGCAAAAAUCAGAUGUUCAAGAUAUAAUUAACACACUUCCCAUAGACAAAGAUACGUUGAAACGACAAUUGACUGCUUUGGAUACUAAAAUCACGGACGAAUUAGAAAAAGAAGUGGGUGUGAUUAAAAACUUUCUUCAAAAUAAAUUUCGAGAUGAUAUGCAAAAUUAUAUUAAAGAACAGGUCAAUCUUUUAGUAUCUAGAAUUCAUGACGAUUUUUUGAGACAAGAGAGAAAGUUGAGCAAAUUAGAAGCUAUUGUCACGGUCAAAUCGUAUUAUUUCAAUCUUCCAUUCGAAAGUGACACUGUCUUUGAUGGAAAAGACGAAAUUUAUAAAUCAGAAAAAUACGGAUUCAAAUCAGAAAUAAAAGUGAAUUCUAGCGUAGCCGGAGAACCUAAAAACGUAUUCGAUAUCGGCGAAACGGAAGCGAGGGAUCAGGAAAUUGAAACGAAAAAUGGUAAAUAUGUAGACACCUUUAAAUUGGAAGUAGAAAAUGUUAUGAAUAUCAUUGGAAUCAAAGAUUUGGAUAUGAUAUUGGAAACGGAAAAUCCACCAUCAUCUAAAAUAAUCAAAAUUCCACGACGCUUACACGUACCCGGAAAAAUAGAAUCGAGCAGACACGAGUUUUUACGAACAACAGACUUUGAAUACGUAAAACUGUAUUUUGUUUUAGGUGGAAAAUACACCUCGAUCGAUGUUCAUAAAAGUCAACAAGAACGAGAGUUUAUAGUACAUUUAACGUUUGCCGAAGGUUCCGACUCCAUCCUUCAUGCUGGUGGUUUUAUUUCAAGAUAA